AUGACAUGUCGGGCGUUGUAUCGACUCGUUUCUCAACACAAAUCAAGUUUCCGAAGUCUCGACACGAUGCGGCCAGAAUAUGAAACGUUGAAUGAGGAAAUUCUCACCGGAUUGCUAGAAGCCACCGGCCCUCGAUUGUCCAUGUUAUCCCUUGGUGUUCGUACUCCAGAAGAUGACGAACCAUUUGGAAACCAUCGAAAAGCCUUGCCUCCCUCCCUCCACCUCAUCCCAUAUCACUCGAUUCUCAUUCGAGAAAAAUCGUGGUUAACUAGGCUUCAUCUCCACAGGAUGGUCCUCAGUCUCGGCGCAUUAAUGGCUUUUCGCGACUUUGCAGAUACCUUAAAAGAGCUGAUCAUCUCCGGUUGCAGUUUCGAGGAUUGUAACGUUGAGGGGGCGGAGCUUGUCGAGAAAUCUCUAGUGUCAUUAGUUGCAAAGUGUACUCAACUGGCCCAUCUUCAUAUCGAUGGCGCGCUGGAGGGCAAUCAUUGGAUGGUGAUGACGUCUCGACUAUUGGAGGUUCUCCCAUCUACUGUAUCCCGAGUUCAUAUCUCCAUACAAGGAGCACUGGAUAUUCGGCAUCCGGAAGUGCUGGGAAGGCUUAACGUGGAAGAGCUCGGCUUGACGCACAAUGCUCUCCGCUCGAGUCAUUUGGACUACCUGCGGCAGAUGAAAUCUCUCCAAUCCCUCGAUCUCUCACAUUCACAAUUUAUCGACGAUUUUUCCGCUAUUGCUGAAAUUCCGACAUUGCGCCGUCUCUACCUGGGCAGUUGUACCCGUCUGUCAGAUGAUGCAUUAAUGGCAAUCUGUCUCGGCUGUCCUCGUCUCUCCCUCCUCCAUAUCCCAUUAUGCCAUCAAAUUGGAUCCACCGCACUCCAACAUAUUCGAUUUUUGUUCGAGCUGGAAAAUAUAAGCCUUCGAGGACUGUCUCGCGUCUCUGCCCAUCUCAUCUUUUGUCUCAACGGCCUUCCGAAUCUUCAAGAAGUCGACAUCUCGGAUUGUUAUCAGUUGACACUCUCUGAUAUCGAAUUAUUAUGCGAGGCGCCAGCCAUCCGUCUCAUCGAUAUUCGUGGAAUUCGUCUCCCCAGCCAUACUUUUCCGCCAAAUAUCCGGGUUCUCAGAGAUUUG